AAACUAUCGCCAGCUUCAACAGCUCCAACAACAACACUAAAGAGAAGGGAAAAAUCCUCAAAAGCACAACCAGAUCAUCGAUCUCAAUCGGGAACAACCACAACCGCGGGUGCAUGUGAACGCCAUGCCAUGGCUGCAGCAAGCAUGGGCGGUGGGCGCCCUCAUAUUGGGCACCAGGGUGUCGGACUGCUUGCCCUUUUUCUCCCCUCUUGUCUUGUUCCAGCCCUUCACAGACCGUGCCAAGUUCGCCCAGAGGCUAGUCAAAGCCGACGGCUUGCAGCUGCGGCUGAGGGCCAAUCCGGACUCGACAUUGUUUUUGUGGCUUUAUUUCGACCUCUCAGCAUCCAGCGCUAGCGAAGAUGUGGUGGCUUUGACAGGCCCGACAGGGCCAAGCCGACGCCUCCACAUCACCCUGACGCGUCCUAAUUGGCCGGGCUGAUGGGCCUAGGCUGUGCUGCGACUGUUUGAGGUGGAGUGUACGAAUGCCGUUGCGCAGCUGGGACGAGAUCUAUACCA